AUGAAGAAAACAGAUAAUAACCUAUCUGAACAAAACAAUAAUGCAAAUAUCACCAAUAAUAGCAACAACAACAACAGAAACAGCAACAGCAACAGCAACAACAUGAAUAAUAGUAUAAUAUUUAGUGGUAUUCAAAUAGAAAUAAAUAAUAAUUAUAAUAAUUAUAGUAAUAAUAAUAAUAAUAACAAUAAUAAUAAUAAUAUAAAUAAUAAUUUAAGUUCAAGUACAAAUAAUAUGAAUGCUAAUAAUUUAAGUAGUAGUUGUAUGAGUAGUGGCAGUAAUAGUAGUACAAAUAUUAAUAAUAGUGGAAUGAGUAGAAAUAAUAGUAGCAAUAAUUUAUCACAAAGCGAAAGUAUUCCAUUAAGACCAUCUUUAGAAUGGGUAUUGUUAUAUUCGGACUCAAAAGUUUCAUCGGAAUCGAGAACACCAAUAAACGAUUUUAUAAAAAAUAAUUAUAAUUCAAAUAAUAACGAUAAUAAUAAUAAUAAUAAUAAUAAUAAUAAUAAUAAUAAUAAUAAUAAUAAUAAUAAUAAUAAUGAAAAUGAACCAAAUAAUAACAAUACACUAUCAAACUCAACACCAAUAACAAAUAGUGCAACAUCUUCCCCAUAUUUUAGAAGGAAUAAUAAUAGUAACAAUAGUUUACAAUCUUCAACAUAUUUAGAAAAUACAAAUAGUAAUAGUCCAAACCCAACCAAUAGUCCAUUACUCAGAAACGAUAAUAGUUCACCUUCAGAAAAUAAUAAUAAUAAUAAUAGCAAUAAUGUUAAUAAUAGCACGGUCACAACAACUACUAAUACUUCAACUAUCCAUAUAACAACAACAAAUGGAGAGUUUAUGAAUAGCAUUGUAUUUGAUAAUGGUAUAAAUAAUAGUAGUAAUAUUUUUGGAUUAUUAUCAGAAAAAAAUUGUAAUCACCAAUUCCCAUCAGAGGAUUUUUUAUUGCCUCACGAGCAUGAAAUAAUGGAUUUGGCACUAAAUAAAGAAUUUUUAAAUCAAUAUCGUAUUCAAACCAAUAGUAUUUUCAUAAACUCACAACCAAAUUUAAAUCAAGAUGUCCCAUGUUAUCAAGAUUAUGAAAGUUUAUUUUUACAUUACAAUAAUAUUUUAUCACAACUAGCACAGGUAGCAAAAAGCAAUACAAAUAUUGGGAUUAAUAACGCACCACCUUCGAUAACCUCAAAUAAUACACCCGACCAUGUACAAUAUCAAACUUUUUUACCAGAAAUUAACUUUUUAAUAGAGAAAUUGACUAUGUUCUAUCGAAAAAUAGAUACUGAAAUUUUUAAUAGAUUGGGAAACAAUGUCAAAUUAAUUUUCGAUCAUUUAAAUAUUAUUAGAAAAGAAAUUUCUGAAGGUAUUUCAAAUUUAAAUGGUAUUUUUACAAUUUAUAACCAUACAUUAAUUAGUAGUGAUAAAAGUACAAAACAAUUUGUUUUUAGGUUUUUGCAUUCAUUAGCCCCAAUGCAAGCUCCACCUGCAAUAGUGGUAACUCCCGAGCUUAAAAAAGUAGUUUGGAAAAUUCAUUUUUCUAAACCAGUUUUCACAGCACUUUGCAUCGAAUGGAAAGGUUCAUUUACUUUUACAAAAAGUUUUUAUGAUAUUUACAAGUAUGUCGAUGUUUUAAAAUCAGUUUCGUUAUUUAUAGUCAAUCAAUACUUUUUUUUAAAUCAAUCAAUUAUAGUAAAUGAUGAAUCAAUGUUUGUACCAUCAUUUUAUAAUCUUUUUGAUAGCAUUCAAAAUCUAUCAAUGAGAGAAGAAAGAUUCUAUAUCGAAUAUAUUUUACACAAUUUAAAAUUCAUCACCUCCAAAAUUCCAAAACAAACAAGAGAUUACACGAAACAGGAACUUGAAAGACUAUCUUCUUAUAUUAAACAAAAUCCUUCAUAUGUUAAAGAUAUUAUACCAAGAUUAUUAAAGAAUUUAUAUGCAGACCCUUACUUUUAUCACCUAUGGAACAAUAAUAAACAGGAUAAUGUAAAUUUCAAAGAUAUUGGUAUUGAUUUAACCCUACUUUUAAAUAGUAAUAAAAAUUCAUUCCUUUUAUCAUUUGACGAAAAAUACUUUUCAAUUUUUUAUAAUAUUAAUACUAAUAAUAAUAGUAACAAUAAUAAUAACAAUAACAAUAACAAUAGCAACAAUAACAAUAAUGUUUUAAACAAAAGCAAUACAAUAGUCAACAACAAUAAUAAUAAAAAUCAAAUCAAAUUUAAAUAUAUUAUAUUAUCAAAUAAAGAUGUAGAAACAAUAAAAUACUUUAAAUCAGUUUUACCAGUUCAACUACCAUUACCACAAACUAGACAACAACAAAACUAUAAACCAAGAAUUUUAUGUGGCUCGUGCUUAUCAAGAUUUAAAACAAUUUUAGAUGAAUUUGAUCAAGAGGAAUCUUUAGAAUCACAAAUGUAUAAAAAUUUCUUUUUAACAAAACAAAAGAAACAGGAAAAGGAUGAAAAUGAAGAGGAUGAGGAAUUAAAUCAAGAUGAUGAUACAGAUGAAGAAGAUUUAAAAAAUGAACUAUUAAAUAUAGAAAAAGAAAUCAAUGAUUUAGAAAAAGAAGAAAAAGAGUUAAUUCAAGAGUAUUUGGAAUUAGAAAAUCAAAACCAGAUAAAUUUAGAUAUUAAAAUCAAGCUUGAAGAUAUUUUAAAAGAAAUUAAACAAGAAGAGAAAACCCAUUAUGACUCAGUAAAUAAUUAUUAUCAAGAAUACUAUGAUUUAAAGCAAGAGGACGAAAUAUGGGAUAAUUAUAUUUCUUCAAUAAAAGACCAAAUCGAAAGAGUAACCCAAAUAGAUAUCAAAAAAGCAUUCUUUAAAAUCGCCGGUUCCGAAGAUAGUAAUGGUAUAGCCUCAAUAAAUGGUUUUAGACUUGGUACAUUACAAAAUUUAAAAGUAGAUUGGGAUGAAAUUAACAGUGCAUGGGGUGAAACUUCCCUACUAUUACAUGUUUUGGCGACUCAAUUAGAAUAUAAUUUUUUAAAUUUUAAAUUAAUACCAAUGGGAAAUAAAUCAAUUAUUCAAUCUAAAAACGAUAAGGUAUCAUAUUCACUAUAUGGUGGUGAUAAUAUUCAGUUUUCAAGAUCAUUUCUUUGGUUUGGUGCCAGCGACCAAAGAUUCGAUAAUGGUAUGGAAGCAUUUUUAUCAUGUGUAAAUGAAAUAUCAUCAUUUGUGUUAACAAAAAAGAACAUCAACUUUAACUAUCGAAUAAAUAAAGAUAAAAUUGGUGAUUCAAAUAGAUUCUACUCAAUUAAAAUUGCAAGUAAUUCAGAAGCUCAUUGGACCUCUGCUUUAAAGUUUAUGUUAUCCACCUUAAAAAAGAUUUUAGACAAUUUAGAUUCAAUAAUCGAAACAAUUCAACAAAACAAACUAUCAAGAUCAGAAUCCUAUUCAAACUUAGCUUCAUUACAAACUUUAAAAUAA